AUGAUUGGAAAUAUAGUACAAGUAAUUGGAGAAUUGCUUAAUUGCAAAGUUGACUUUCUUUGUACUGCUUAAUUAUCAAGUGAAAAAAAAUAUUUUGCUGUUGUGGCUAGUGAUAGGCUAUUAUUUAUAGCAGGAAAAUUGGAAAAGGUUGAAAUGUCUUUAGAAUAUGGUAAGAUAAAAGGAUUAGUUAUUUCCACAAGAGUACCAACAAUGUUUUAAAUUCAUUCCGAUAUAAUAAUUGAUAUUUAUGCACUUGAAAGAAAAUAGUUAAUUUAAGCGCUUAGAUAUUCAUGGAUGACUGAUUUUAUGCAUAAAAAUUUUUAGUUUAAAUAGUUACCUAUGUAUAAAGAUGAUAUCAAAUCUAAUAUUUCAGAAAAAUAAGCGAUACUUCCUAAUCUUUUAUUUACUAGACAUGGAAAACAAAUCUAUAGAAAUAAAAAUUAUACAUUUAGUUUACCAGAAGAAUAUAUAUCAACAUAUCAAGAUGGUGUCUAUGUACACAAAGAAAGUUAAUAAUGCAAAAUAAUAAUUUAAAUUACAGAUCCUAUGCCCAUUUAAUUAUUGAGUUAGAUAGGGGAAAAAGCCAAUUUAUAAUAUUAUUCUGAAAUGUUCUUAGAAAUCGUUUUAAAAGGAAUAAAUUCUAAAGAUGAAAGUAAAAAAUAAGAAACUAAUCAAAGAAGUGAGGACAGCGAUGAGGAUGGAAAAAUAUAAGAUGAAGAUUAAUAGGAAACUAACAAAAAGGAAGAAAUACUUGAUUAUUGGAUCAUUUCUUCUCAUAAUUAUAAAAAAAGAUCGAAUUUAAUGAAUGAUGUUUCUGAAUGGUAUGGAUGGGAAUUACAUGCAAGAACUUAAGUUUAAGAUAUUUUUAUUAUUAUUUUGAGAAGAGUACACAUUCCUCCAAUUUUUGAAACAUAUUAAGAGAUAUUAUUUGUUUUAUAUGGAUAGGAAUAAAAUGCUAAAGAAUAGGUUUUAGUAAAUGAUAGAGAUUUAUUAAAAUUAACAUUAGAAUAGGAUUUAGAAGAACAUGCAUUUAAAAAUGUGUUAAGAAAUGCAAUUGAUUCUUUAUCAUGUAAAAUGUUUAUAUUUGAGAAACAAUAUCAGAUAUUUAUAUAAUUAUCUGCAGAUAGAUUAUUAUAUAACAGAUAAACAUUAAAUUUCAUUUAUAAUAAAUUCAAAAUAUUUCCAUAAUUCAUGAGUUAUGCUUUAAAAUAUCUAAAAUUAUUAUUUUAACGUUUAGUAUUAUAUGAUAAAGAAAGAUUUUUAAUAUUAGAUAAAGAAUUAACAUAGAAGUAUGGUUUUAUUUUAAAAAAUCUUAAAGAUUAUAUGACAGAAACAGUUGAAAAUGAUGAGAAUCUCUAAGCAUUAUUUGAUGCAUUUGAAUAAGCAUCAUUUGUAAGAGACAAAUCAGGUAAUGAAGAGGAGAGAAAGUUUAUUUGGUAAUAGAAAUUAUCUAAUUAUAUGGGCAUAUGCCUUGAUGGUCUUUUAAUGGGAUCAGCAUUCAGCUUUAAAGAUUUAGUUCCUGUAUUAUAAGCCAAAGUUAGUAUGGAAUUAAAAACAAUAAUCUUAGAAUUAUUUGAUUAUUGUUUAUAUGCUGUACCAAAAAAAGAAUGUAGACCCAUUAAAAAAGGAAAUUUCAUUAAAAGAUUAGAAGAAUUAGCAUCAAAUAAAUAUUAAUACAAUGUAAAUAUAGCAAAAUCUUUAAUUGAAGCAAACUUCUUUUCUUAAGAAGUACUACUUUAAGAAAGAUCAGGAUUAUAUAGUAGCUUAAUUUGUUACUUUCUUUAAUCUGAAAAUGUAGACAUGAUAGUUGCUAUUUGCCGUCAUAUAAUAAAUUUUUAAGCAGAAAUUAAACAUACUACAGGAUUAACAGAGGCUAUGAUAACAGCAUUUAAACCUAUUUCUGUUGAAUUAAUAAGAUUGUAUAGAAGUCAUAAUAGAACUAUCGCUACUUUAGCUUGUGCAUCAUUAUUUAAUCUAUGUACAAAUUCAAGAGAAUUUAAAUAUAUUAUUUUAAAUGAUGAUGGAGCAAGUCUACUUGUGAGUAAAUUAGUAACCAAAGAUAAUUUUUUAUUGCAUUUUGCUUUAAAGUAAAUAGAUUUUAUAAUUUAGAUUAAUAUAUUGUGUAAUGAGUAUAACAUAGAACAUUGAGAAAUUAUUGGCAGCAAAUUUAACUGAUUAUUUAUAUAAAGUCUUAGAAGGACCUUAAAUAAAAGGUUGUCAAUAUGAUGCUCGAUGUCUUAUAACAACAUGCCAAAUUUUAAGUGUUUGUUUGGUAAGUGAAGUUGAAUUAAGAAAUAUUGAUCAUUUACUAAUUUUAUUGUAUAAUAUGGUCACUACUUAAGCUGAUUAAUAUUUUUUGGAUUAAGAAGAAUCUGUUAAUCUAAAGAGUGAAGCUUUAUAUGUUAUGAGUAAAAUGUGUCACAAAAGUGCAGAAGUUAAGAAAAAGGUUAAUUAGGAAUGUGUGCCUUUUUUAUUAAAACUAAUGGAAAAACUAACAUAUCAUUAAGUUUAAGAGAAAAUUAUCAUGUUAUUGUGUAUUUUAAUAAAAGAAAAUAAAGAAUGGGCUUUGGAUUGGUUAUAAAUGUAGAUAAAAUUACAAGAUAUAUUAACAACAUAUCAUAAUAAUGAUAUAUAAUCAUCUAAUUAUCUAUUGUCAUAAAUCAAAUUUAUAGAUGACGAAGCUAAAAAAGUAAAAAAUGAAGAAAUGAAACGAUCAAAACUUGCUCCUACAGCCAGUGUAAUUGCAGAAUAAAUGAUGGAAUAAUUAUAAUAAUAAGAAUCUACUAUUUAGGAUAAUAAUAAAAAAUCUAUUGUUAGUGAAGGAAAAUCUUCAAUGAUUGAUGAUUCUAGGAUAACUACUUCUAUUUUAAAUAAUAAAUCUAAAAUAAAUGCUAGUUUAUUGAAAAAAUCUUCAGCUUAAUGA